ACCAUCAUUGUAAAUUUAGCCAAUUGGCAAACCCUAAAAUAAUAUAACUAAACAUUUCAACCUUGUUACCUAGUCCCUCUCCCACAAUGCCAAUAAACCAAACACCUUCAUAAGAACCAGAACCCAAUUACACUGAUAUUUCUCCCCAACAUUCUUCUCCUUCUUCAUCAACAACAAUGGCUCGAGUACUCGUUCCCAUCCAUGUAGUCUCUCUCGUGUUCUUUCUUCUCUUCCUGACUGGGAAUUCAGAGGAAGAAGAAGUGAAGCUCGCGCUAGUCCAACUCAUUGGAGAACUCUCUCCCAUGAAAAUAGGUCCGAGCUUUGGUUGGAAUAUGAGUUCAGACCCUUGUACAGACAAAUGGCAUGGCGUGUCAUGUGAUAGCAAGUUACAGUCUGUGAGAAAGAUAGUUCUUGAUCGGUUCAAUCUAACCGGGGUUCUUAAUGCAACCUCUUUAUGCAAGGCUAAGUCUCUUUCUGUCUUGAGCCUGAAUGACAACAAUGUUGGUGGAGAGAUCCAACAAGAGAUAUCGAAUUGCCGGUAUUUAACUCACUUGUAUCUAAGUGGGAAUCGCUUCUCUGGCAACCUUCCGGCCAAUAUCUCCCAAUUAAGUAAUCUAAAAAGGCUCGACAUAUCGAAUAAUGACUUUUCCAAUCAGAUCCCUGACAUGUCCAGAAUUUCAGGCUUGCUUUCAUUUCUCGCUCAAAACAAUCAUUUAAGCGGUGAGAUCCCAAAAUUUGACUUCUCCAAUCUACAAGAAUUCAAUGUCUCCAACAACAAUCUCAGCGGUCCAAUCCCUCAUGUCGUUGGUCAUUUCAACGAGAGUAGUUUUUCGGGUAAUCUUGAGUUAUGUGGACAACCCUUGUCAAAUCCAUGUCCAAUGUUAACACCUCCACCGCCUAAAAAGGAAUCAAAAAGAUCCUCAAAAAAAGAGUUCCUUAUCUACUCGGGCUUUUUUGUUGCUGGUUUAAUUGUUGCGGUCAUUAUUGCUGUGAAAUUUCUCAAGAAAAAUUUACCCAAAGGUGAGAAGACAAAUGUGAAGAAAGGAGUAGUAGAUAGCAGGACAGACAAGAGUAGUGGUACAUCGAGUGAGUUCAAGAACAGGUCGGAGUAUUCAAUAACAUCAGGUGAAAGUGGGAAGGGUUCGUCUUCGCUAGUAGUACUUGCCAGCGCAGUGAUGAAUGGGUUGAAAUUUGAGGAUUUGCUCCAAUCUCCCGCGGAAUUGGUUGGGAGAGGGAAGAAUGGAAGCCUAUACAAGGUUAUAGUCGAUGAAGGGGUGACGUUGGCUGUGAAAAGGAUUAAGGAUUGGGGGAUGACACGGGUGGAUUUUGAGAAGAGGAUGGAGAGGAUGGACCAAGUGAAACAUCCGAAUGUGAUGCCGAUUGUGGCCUAUUACUGUUCCAAGCAAGAGAAGCUUUUGGUUUAUGAAUUCCAGCAUAAUGGGAGCCUCUUCCAGCUUCUUCAUGAAUCUCAAAAUGGCCAAUUAUUCGACUGGGGAAGCAGAAUAAAUGUUGCAGCUAGCAUUGCUCAAGCUUUGGCUUUCAUGCAUGAGGAGCUUCGCGAUGAUGGAAUUGCACAUGGGAAUCUAAAAUCCUCCAACAUAUUGCUCAACAAAGAUAUGGAUCCAUAUAUCAGUGAAUAUGGACUAAUGGUGGUGGAAAGUCAUCAAAACCAAUCAAUCCUAUCCCAAUCCGAUAGUUUCAAAAACAACAAUCCUUCUAAAACUCGCGCAUACAGUACUUUCAAGGUAGACAUUUAUGGCUUUGGGGUGAUUCUACUUGAGCUUCUUACUGGGAAGCUUGUCCAGAAUAGCGGGAUUGAUUUGACUAGAUGGGUCCACUCGGUGGUCAAAGAAGAGUGGACCGCUGAAGUUUUUGACAAGACCCUCAUUUCGGAAGGUGCCAAUGAGGAGAGAAUGGUGAACUUGUUGCAGGUAGCAUUGAAGUGUAUAAAUCCAUCACCAGAUGCUAGGCCAAACAUCAAUCAAGUUGCAAUAAUGAUAAUUUCUAUAAAAGAAGAAGAAGAUAAAUCUUUAUGCUCUGAAACUUGAUAAAAUGAUUCAAAUACAUGUUUGUGAUAGUCAUAUCUGGAAAACAAACACUUUCUUUGAUGGUCCUUGAAACAUAUUUACAUCUAGCUAUAGUGUUAUAGAGGUUUUACCAUUUAACCUGUAUGGAAGAAAUUUUUUCUCCUAAUUUAAGUGAGAUGAUUGUA